AUGGAGCUAUCAAGAAAGCAUAUGGUAGCGUCCAACUCUCGUUUCCUCGUUUACAUUGAAGUCAUAAUUCUUCUGCCAUACUUCAGCUUGCCGGGUCUUAACUUGCUUGGUUUAACAAGCCCUGUAGUUAGAGGAAAUGACAUUGAUCAAAAAGCUUUACUCCAUUUCAAAUCAAAGAUAAUUGGAGAUCAACUUAGAGUUACGGAGUCCUGGAAUAGUUCCAUUCACUUUUGCCACUGGCAUGGUGUUACUUGCGGUCGCAGGCAUCAAAGAGUCACCAAGUUGGAAUUGGAAUACCUGAAACUCACAGGAUCUUUAUCACCAUAUAUGGGAAAUUUGAGCUUUCUCAGGGAGUUCAGUCUCGCGGGCAACAACUUCUACAACCAGAUUCCUAGAGAAAUUGAUCGUUUGAGAAGAUUGGAAAUAUUAGUACUCACCAAUAACUCCAUUAGUGGUGAAAUUCCUUCCUGUUUUAAGCUCAUAGAAGUUGAAAUAGAAGGCAACCAGUUAACAGGAGAAAUACCUACUUUCUUGGGUCUCUUGUCAAACUUGAAAUACUUGAGUUUUGCCUACAAUAGUUUGAGAGGGAGUAUCCCACCAUCGUUGGGAAACUUGUCAUCUCUGGAGACGCUUGCUUUGAAAAGAAAUUCAUUUAGUGGGAUUACACCUGAAGCUCUUGAACAACUGACAGAUCUUUCAUAUUCAAUAGAUGAUAAUGCAAUAUCUGGUACUGUUCCUGUCGCAAUGUUCAACCUAUCCAAUAUUAUAAUCUUUUCCGUAGGGGGAAACAAGAUUCAAGGUACUGUGCCUUCUGACUUAGCAAUUACUAUGCCAUAUGUUAAUUUCUUUUCUGUAAGAGAAAACCAAAUAUCUGGAAAAAUCCCUAUUUCAAUAUCCAACGCCUCAAAUCUGAAUAUACUACAAUUUGAGGGUAAUAGACUAGAUGGAGAUGUGCCUUCUUUAGAAAAGUUGGAUAAACUCUUUGCAAUUCUCCUAGAUGCAAACCAUUUGGGACAUGGGGGAGAAGGUGACUUGCACUUUCUUUCCACUUUAGUCAAUAAUACCAAACUAGAAGUGCUAGUUAUAAGUGAAAAUAAUUUUGGAGGGGUAUUUCCGGAAUGCAUUAGCAUUUUUUUUACCACCCUCUUGCGUUUAGUAAUGGAAGAGAACAAAAUAUGGGGAAGAAUUCCUCAUGGCAUUGGAAAUCUCAUCAAUUUGGAGGUGCUAGGUAUAAGUCAAAAUCAACUAUCAGGUCCCAUUCCCAUUGAUAUUAGGAGGCUUCAAAAGCUAACGAUAUUUGAUGCUCAUAUAAAUUUUCUCAAUGGGACUAUUCCUUAUUCUAUUGGAAACUUAACAAUGUUAACCAAACUUGCUUUAGAUUUUAACAAUUUUCAGGGAAACCAAGUUUAG